CAUCGGCUCACUCUCGUUUCUUUGCUACCAAGAAUAUCUUCACCUUCGGACCAUUCAGACGGCGAUUGUAAGGCGUGAACGUUUGGAAAUCUACGAACAUGGAUCCAAGAAGGGCGCGAGACCCUCGCCUAGCGCGUGCAUCCGAUCCCCGUCUCCAGCGCAUGCAAUCCAAUCCCCCCGCGCACGCGCAACCACCGCCACAGGCACCCAUCCCAUAUCCUCAGGGCAUACCGAGCAACCUCCCGCCAUACCCGACGGCGACGCCGCCACAGUAUCCUGGCGGCGCACUGUCGAACCAGCAGCUCGCCGAGGAAGCCCGCGGAGCAGCGUCGAUACCUAAGCCGCAGCCUCCGAAACCUCCCAUCUAUAAGCCGCGGCCGUUGUUUUGCGUGGUGUGUGCUAGUAAUCAGAAUCGGUCCAUGGAGGGCCACUACGUUUUGUCAAAGGCGGGGUACCGAGUUGUCUCGUACGGAACAGGCUCAGCUGUCCGUCUCCCUGGUCCCGCAAUAGACAAGCCCAAUAUAUACCCAUUCGGAACUCCUUACAAUGACAUUUACGAAGAGCUGCAGGCACAAGACCCUCGACUUUACACGGCGAAUGGCCUCCUUCAGAUGAUAGACCGUAAUCGUAGAUUAAAACUGGCACCAGAGCGAUGGCAAGAAAGCAAAACAGUAGCCGACAUCGUGAUCACCUGCGAGGAACGAUGUUUCGACGCAGUGUGCGACGAUCUCCUGACGAGGGGAGGGGAGUUCAACAGACCGGUGCAUAUCGUCAACAUUGAGAUCAAAGACAAUCACGAGGAGGCGCACAUCGCUGGGAAGGCGAUUCUUGAUCUCGCAGCAGCGAUUGAGGCUUCGGAUGACAUAGACGAGGACAUGGACAAAAUACUAGCUGUACAACAGGAGAAGCAUUCCCAUAGUUUGCUGCACGCCAUUGCGUACUAUUGAUCUUCAACAUGCUCAUCGCGACGAAAGCAGUGCUCCACACCCAUGGAAACUCUUCCGUGGAAGUUGUAUGAUUAUUGUUUCGGAUGUAUAUUUUGUGUUCACUCAUUUUUCAGUCAUGUCGCUCCAGCAGUCAUGGCAGCCUGCUCUGAUAAAUGUAUGCGUACCUGAUGAUGGUAUCCUAUCUGCAUUUCUUGCACAGCUCCGUUUACUCC